UUAUGCGUUUAUCGUCGUAUCAGUGUACAAGUUUGUGUUACGUAUAACCUCUCACGCGUAUAUAACAAUUGAUUUUGUUAGGUUAAAACGACAAAUGUCCUACUAGAAUAAUCUUCGUAUUAUUUGCAUUCAUAUGAAAAAGCGACGAUCGGUAAGAAAUAAAGUUAGUUACGAACCGCACCCGCUUUCUGCGCACAAUCGAUAGUGCAUUUCGUUUCUGUCAAAUGGAUAAUGGCAGCGACGAUGAUUGAUACGAUGGCACAAAGUAAUGGAUUUCAAUCGAAAAAGAAAGAAGAUCCAGAAAAUAAAGACAAUUUGUGGUCCUCUAUUCUAGCAGAGGUACAGAAUAGCGGAAAUAACAAACUGCCAUCGAACAAGAAUGUCCUUGUCUUAGGUGACAACGAAAGUGGUAAAACAACUCUUAUCGCAAAAUUACAAGGAGUGGAAGAUCCAAAAAAAGGUUCUGGUUUAGAGUUUGCGUAUAUCGAUGUAAGAGAUGAUUAUAGAGAUGAUCAAACAAGAUUAUCCGUGUGGGUCUUGGAUGGUGAUCCAGGUCACGCUAAUUUGCUGAGAUUCGCGUUAAAUGCAGAAAGAUUUCCGCACACGCUUGUUAUGUUAGUAGCCGCAAUGACCACGCCAUGGGCUAUUCUUGAUCAAUUACAGGCAUGGGCUGCUUUAUUAGGCGAUCAUGUUGAUAAAUUAUCUAUAGAUAAUGAUUCUAGGCAACGAUGCAGGCAACAAAACAUUAAAAAAUGGCAAGAGUAUACCGAACCUGGUGAUGAACUAGAUCCAGGAAGUCCUUUGAGACGUACUAGUCGUAAUCUUGAUGACGAAACAACUGAUAAUUUACCUUUACCAGAAGGUGUACUUACAACCAAUUUAGGCCUAGACAUUGUCGUGGUUAUAACUAAAACUGAUUACAUGUCUACCCUUGAGAAGGAACACGAUUAUAAAGAUGAAGAUUUUGAUUUUAUGCAACAAUGGAUUAGGCGAUUCUGUUUGCAAUAUGGUGCAGGUCUUUUCUAUACAUCAGUAAAAGAAGAUAAAAACUGUGAUCUAUUGUAUAAAUACCUUACACAUAGAAUUUAUUCAUUACCUUUCAGAACGCCUGCUUUAGUGGUUGAAAAAGAUGCAGUUCUUAUUCCUGCUGGUUGGGAUAAUAUGAAAAAGAUCAGCAUCCUUCAUGAAAAUUUACAAUCGAUGAAACCGAACGAUUAUUAUCGCGAUAUUAUUACACAACCUGCGACAAAUAGAAAGUGUGUGGCAAGGGAAGUAGAAGUUCAAGCGGAAGAUGAACAAGCAUUUUUAGCAAGACAACAAGCUACGUCAUCAGGUUUGAAGGAUCCAACACGUUCACCUACAACAAGGAACCAGGCAAGCCUCGGCCCAGUUAUACAGGUUGCAUCGCCAAACAAGAAAUUGGAUUCUAAAGGUACCGGUACUACCGCUGCAGGAGAGGGUGUAUUAGCUAAUUUCUUCAACUCUCUUCUUUAUAAAAAGACUGCUACACCACCGGGUGUCCCAGGAUCACCAGGAAGUAUAGGUGCGAGUCCUGUUAAGCUUGAUAGUACACCUGUAGAUAAGGCAACAAUGUGCAAUGAUGCGGCAGCGGAAUUAGAUCGUCUUACACAAACCAAGAAAAUAUCUCCACCAAAUUUAAAUUCAUCAUCUGAAUGUUAAAGGAAUAAAUACUCUCUCUCUCUUUCUCUCUCUUUUUUUUUUCUUUUUUUUUUUCUUUUUUGCGAUCCAUCUGUCGAAGAAAAAAAAGACAAUAUAGGAAUCUGCAAUAUAUUAAUUUCAUCAUAAUCAAAAGGUCAAUGUGUACACGAAUAAUGCUUAACUUAUCGUCUAUCGGAUAGGGUACUUGAAAUAUUUUCAUGUCUUGCCAACAAUGAAGAUAUGAAGAUAAGAAGUAUUUCGUAUUAAGUAUCCAAUUCUGUAUAUAUAUAUAUAUAUACACACACACACACACACCAUGAUAUUCGGUACUAUUUUAUUUAUUUCUUCUAUUUAUGUUUAAGAUUGCAUCUAUUGCAUAAUAAUCAACGAGAUCUAUUUGACUUUUAAUUAUUUCAUACUUUUAGGAAGAUCAGAUUAAAUAAAAUCUCUAAUUAGGAAGCUUGAAGAUAUAUUCUUACAAUUUAAUCAUGUAUAUCAAGAUGAAUAAUUAUGAUCAAAAUAAUAUAGUUGCCUUCUAUUUCAUAUAAUAAACAAGUAGCACAAAAUGCUAUGUUUUAGCUUAAGCGUAGACGGUUUUUAUCGUUUCUAAAGCUUAUAAUAAAAAAAAAAAA